AGAUGACUCUGGGCCCUACAGCUCUGUCAUCGAUGCCCUUUUUCGUUUUAGAAUAGAGAUGGCCCUUAGCCUUAUAGCUACGGCAUCGAGUAUUUUUUUAUUCCCCUUAGAUGACACUGGGCCUUACGGCUCUGUCAUCAAUCAUUAUUUUUUAGAUAG